AGAAUGGCAAGAAAAAAAAUCUACAUACAUCGCACUGUCAACGCGGUACUCUGCCAACCGUGCCCGCCGCGGUGGUGAAUAAAUAUCCCCCCGCGCACUCCCCUCGAUAUCCCGCGCACUCCCCACAGGUACCUAUAGACUAUAGAGAUGUUCCGCCCCCCGAGCCUACGAUCCGCGCUGCGCACAGCAGGCGCAAUCCUGCCCCGCAGUCCCGCUCUCCGAGUCGCAGCGCGCACACUCUCCAGCAGCAGCUCCGCCGCCGCCGCCGCCGGACCACGCACGCUGAGCAGCUUCUCGCUCGAGGGGAAGACCGCGAUCGUUACUGGCGGAGCUCGUGGACUCGGAUAUGUCAUGACGCAGGCGCUCGUCGAGUCCGGUGCUGAUGUGGCCAUCGUCGACUUGAACGGCGACCAAGCACACAAAGCAGCCGAGGACCUCCUCGCGUCCUACCGCCAGGCGCACCCAGACUCGCGGACGCCACGGAUCACCGCGCACACGAUGGACGUGUCGUCGGCAUUCAUGGUCGACGAGAUCUUCCCUGACAUCCUGGCUGCACACGACAACCACAUCGACACUCUCGUGACUUCCGCGGGGUUCUGCGAGAACUUCCCCGCGCACGAGUAUCCGGCCGAGCGCAUGCAGGCGCUGUGGGGCGUCAACGUCAACGGCACGUACAACUGCGCGGCGACGCUCGCGAGACAUCUCAUCAAGCAGAAGAAACGUGGCAGCAUGGUCUUUAUCGGGAGCAUGAGCGGCGCCAUUGUAAACAUCCCUCAGGCUCAGGCACCGUAUAACGCCUCUAAGGCCGCGGUUAAGCAUCUCGCGUCCAGCUUUGCCGUCGAGUGGGCCCAGUACGGCAUCAGGGUCAACUGUAUCUCCCCCGGAUACAUGCUGACGGACCUGACGAAGAGGAUCCUGGAGGAUAAACCAGACCUGAAGAAGCAGUGGGAGACGUUGACGCCCAUGGGAAAGAUGGGGAAUCCAGAGGAUCUCAAGGGCGCCGUUGUGUACCUGGCGAGUGAUGCUGCCGGGUAUGUCACCGGUACUGAGUUGAGGGUUGACGGCGGAUACACUGCUGUCUAGGUAGUGGAGGGAAGGAUGGGGGGUGUUUUGAUCUCUUUGUUGGGGUGAUAUCUAUUGUGGUUUGCGGAUGGAGUUGGGGCUUUGAUAGAACUCAUUAUUGGUUACUGAAAGUAAUAAAGUAAUGAACGCGAAUGGCAGCUAUCACCACGCAGUGUCAUGACGAACACAGAAAUACAGGGU